CGCCGCUCCGCCCCGCGCGCGCCAUGGCGCUGUCCCAGCCCGGGCCGCGGCAGCCCGAGGAGCCGGCGGCGCACCGCCGGCAGCAGCUGCAGGAGUCCACUUCGUUGGACCCCGCCGAGCCCCGUUCGCCCCAUCAAGAGUCCUCCUCGCCGGGCCCCGCCGAGCCCCGUUCGCCCCAUCAAGAGUCCUCUUCGCCGGGCCCCGCCGAGCCCCGUUCGCCCCAUCCCCAGGAGUCUUCCUCGCCGGGCUCCGCCGAGCCCCGUUCGCCCCAUCAGGAGUCUUCCUCGCCGGGCCCCGCCGAGCCCCGUUCGCCCCAUCAGGAGUCUUCCUCGCCGGGCCCCGCCGAGCCCCGUUCGCCCCCGCAGGAGUUGCUCCCGGCGGGCUCCGCCGAGCCCCGUUCGCCCCCUCAGGAGUCGCCCCCGGCGGGCCCCGCCGAGCCCCGUUCGCCCCAUCAGGAGUCUUCCUCGCCGGGCCCCGCCGAGCCCCGUUCGCCCCAUCAGGAGUCUUCCCCGCGGGCCCCGCCGAGCCCCGUUCGCCCCCGCAGGAGUUGCUCCCGGCGGGCUCCGCCGAGCCCCGUUCGCCCCCUCAGGAGUCGCCCCCGGCGGGCCCCGCCGAGCCCCGUUCGCCCCCUCAGGAGUCACCCCCGGCGGGCCCCGCCGAACCCCGUUCGCCCCAUGAGGAGUCACCCCCGGAGGUCCCGCCGAGCCCCGUUCGCCCCCGCAGGAGUCCUGCGGGUGGUGCUGGCGCCGCUGCCCGCGGCGGCCUGGCCGCGGCCCCAGAAGCGGCUGCUGAGCGCCCGCUCCCCGGCCGGCAAGAGGCUGUGCCUGGAGCCUGACAGCGGCCCCGGAGCCGCCCCCGGCUCCCCGCCCGGGCCCAGCUCGGCUGCCCGCGGCCAGGACGGGCUGCGGGAUGUGGACAGCGACGGCAGCGACGGGGGAGACACGGCUCCGGAUGGAUACUCCCACCUAUCAGCCUAUGAAAGGAAAAGGCUAAAGAACAUCAGAGAAAAUGCUAAAUUCUUUGCUGCUCUAAAGCUGCAUGAGUCGGCUGCAAGACUUAACCAACUUACCACUACAAGGCAAUCUCGGGUCACUAAAAGGGCCAAGCCUAAGAAGGUGGAGGAUGAGCCCGCACGGCGGCGAUCCAUGCGCCUGCUCAGGGAGCCACCACUGGACGUUCCCUUGCUGGAGACAUUUGCCCGGCCAGAAGCAGAGGAAUAUCCUCAGGUUCCCGUUGGACCUUUGCCCAUGGUUCCAGAGGAUCAGGCAGAGAGCAGUAAAUGGACAGAGGCCUUACUGAACACGUGGAUGAGGAUAAGUGAGGUGAAAGUGGAAGAUGCUGAGCGGGGCACGCCUGACAUAAAGAGGUACCAGGAGAGCCUGAGCAGCAUGGUGCUGAGAGAGGAGAACAUCAGGAAGGUGGUGAAAUCCCGGGUGUGUUCCAUGGCCAUCCACCCCUCCGAGAGCACCAUCCUUGUGGCAGCUGGAGACAAGCUGGGGCAUGUUGGCCUCUGGAACGUGAGCUGCGGGACAGAGGAAGGAGCCCACACCUUCAUCCCCCACAACUUCAAUGUCAACUGCAUGCACUUCUCUCCCUGCAACCCUGCUCACCUGCUGUCCCUCAGCAAUGACACUCUGCGCUUUGGCGAUGUCACCAGGGCUGUCUUUGAUGAGAUCUGCAGGAGUGAGGAAGACCUGUCCUGCUUUGACUUCCUGGAAGAGAAUGCCUGUACUGCCAUAGUGAGUCGCUGGGACGGGCCCGUGGCUGUUGUGGACAGACGGACGCCGGGGGUGUCCUCGGAGCUCUGUGUGGACAUUGGCUUCAGGAGGACACGCACAGUCCACGUGCACCCCGUGAACAAACAGUAUUUCCUGGCUGCUGGCUCCACGGAUGUUUGUGUUUUUGAUGUUCGGUACCUUCGGAACACCAAGGAGAACAAGCCCCUGAGCUCUCUGACAGGACACACCAAAAGUGUGGCCUCGGCCUAUUUCUCACCUGUCACUGGCAGCAGGGUGGUGACAGUGUGUGCUGAUGACUGGCUGAGGGUCUACGACACAACGUCCUUGUCAUCCACUGUCACAUUGCUCAGCUCCAUCAGGCACAACAACAACACAGGCCGCUGGCUGACCCGCUUCAGGGCCAUCUGGGACCCCAAGCAGGAGCACUGCUUCCUGGUGGGCAGCAUGGCCCAGCCCAGGCGGAUCGAGGUCUUCCAGGACACCGGGAAGUUGUUGCACUCCUUCUACAACGUGGACUGCCUCAGCUCCGUGUGCUCCAUCAACGUCGUGCACCCCAGCCAGAGCAUCCUGGUGGGAGGCAACUCCAGUGGCCGCCUCCAUGUGUUCAAAUAGAAGUGCCUUAGAUCUUUAUUUUUUACCUCCCUGCACUGACUUCGCUUAUUCUGUAUUAAGCAGUUCCGAAGCUGGCUGUUGUUUCUCAGGACAGAAAUGUACUUUGAAAGUCUUAAAAUAAAUAGUUUAA